UACUUGACGUCAUUGGCAGUCGAGAGUUUCUACCCAGAUGUCAGUGCGUGUUCCGAUCCCGUACAAUGUAUGGACGUCCGCCAUUCUGGUGGCACAGUCUACGAAGCUCUGCUGGCGCAACUCCCCUCACAUAGGAGAUUCUGGCCGGCCCCAUGCAGUUCACUCCUCUUCAGAUAAAAGAGAAACUUCUGAAGGCACUUGAUGAUCAAAAUAAUGUACGUGAUGCGGCGGCAGUGUUGGAGGUCAUCUCCAUACUGGAGCAAUAUCCCAUCACUAGGGAGGCCUUGGAGCAAACAAGAAUUGGAAAGCAUAUUAAUGAACUUAGGAAGAAAACAACAAAUGAGCAGUUGGCAAAGAGGGCCAAGAAGUUGGUGCGCAACUGGCAGAAACUCCUUAACCCAGAUCCUGAUGUUAAACAACCAGUUAAUGGAGAACGGGUAGUGACCCCACCCCAGCAUAGGGGCGUCGCGGCUUUACAGGGGACUGUUCGGCAAGGUGGCAUCUCCUCUCCUGCACUCUCUCACAGUAACUCUAUUGCAGGCAGAAAGUGUAUGUCUCCAGCCCUGGUUGGGGGCAAGCCACUCACACCACAAAUAGCUAAAGGGAGUCCCCUUGCUUGCAGUUCCCCUGCCCUCAGAGGAGGGAAACCUGCCACCCCAACAUUACAGGCCUCUCGUCUCAGUCCAGGCCUAAAAAGCACUCCCUCCAGUGGCAAACCAUCCACUCCCUCCCUACAUUCUGCUCGCAGUAGCCCAGGACUGAUGGGAAGGACAUCUCAAGCUUUAAGUGGUGGGAGAUCUACUACACCCACCCUCUCCCACCUUACCCAAGGGUCCCGAGCAUCUCCAGUACUUGGCAACAACUCCCGCAGCAACAGCCCAGCACUCAAGCAUGCCUCUGUAGACUCUCCACACUCUGGCCUCAACCCCAAGAACACCAAUAGUCCAAAGACCCGUUCACCAAAACCAGAACGUUCGUCAGCUUCAUUGGGAGGCCGUCCAGCAACCCCAAGUAGUCGUGCUCAUACUCCUUGCUUUGGUUCUCGCCCUGUGACGCCAGUAAUAACGAGGACUCUAACUCGAAGUUGGCCCAACACACCAUUGUCAGGAGGGCCCUAUGAUCAUGAGAAGAAUAAUUCAAAUUCUAAAUUCAAGGGUAAAGGAAAGAGUGAAUCGGACAAGGACAGUUCAGAAGUGUUCCCACGUAAAUCAAAUCAUUCCACUGAGUUUUCAGUUUCGAAUUCUAGUGAUAAAGGCUCAAGAAAGGAUCAAAGUGACAUUUCAAAAACUAAUGUUGCAAAUAGAAAAAGGACACGAACCAAAAGCCCUGACAGUGUGCCUAAGAAACAGCCCAAAACUGACAAUUCAAGUCUUUCAAAAGAUCAGAGGGAUCCUACAAUAAAUGGGGUUGUAGGCUUUCAUAAACAUCACAAGGGCGAUAAAGUGGACCCUAAUAGAUCAAAUAGUGCUACAUCGUUAACUUAUUCCAAGGGCUGCAUGGAGUUGUCACCUGUGUCCCCAGUUGAUAAGACUGAUACAUCUCGUCAUCAUAUAUCAAAGAAACAUUUAAAUUCAAAAUCUGACUCUGCAAAGGCUUCAAAAACCCCAAAGGUCAAAACCACUGCUGAGCUGAUUGCUGAGCUUCAAAAACGACCUGGUAGUACCAGUUAUGGUAAUGAUAUCAUGAAUAAACUUAACAGCAAUCAGAUAGAGAAAGAAGUGGAUGCACCUCGCUCUGUGUUGCCACCUGGUGUAAAACGACCAAAGAAACGCAUCAGUAUGAGUAGUGAGAACUUGGCCCUUCUGGGGACUCCGUCAUCAAUGUCACUCAGCCAGACAAAGAAUGAGAUGGUUCAAAAAUUUCUUCAAUCCUCAGUCAACCAGUCAUCUGAUCGACUCAGUCCAUAUAAAGAUGAUAGUUUGAAUAAGUAUGAAUCUCCAGUGAAUUCCUCGCAUUCAUUUGGAGAAGCCCACAAUGAUAGCUUGGGUGACUCCAUUAGUGUUGAUGAAGAUAAUCAUGCACGUUACUCGAACAGCGAGGUUAAAACUGAAAAUGGUAUUGAAGCCAAAAUGGCAGAGAAGCAAUUAAGUGUUGAAGAAAUACUGAGACUGUUACCUCCUCUUGAUGCAGAGAGCAUUGAUUGGGACAGUCAUGAAUAUUCAUUAAGUGAAGCCACAGCAGGAAAUGAAAGUGAAGUGGAACGUUUGCACUCAAAGGAGUGGGACAAUGUGAAUGGAUGUUAUGAUGUGGAUAUGGUGUGGCAUGAUUGGUCACAGACUUUGUCUCGAUCAGCAUAUGAUGGUACUUUAUUGCACAUCUUGCCCUAUGUCAAUAUAGAUGACUGAUUAUGUAACAGUGCUGCCUUUAUAUACCCUCAGCUCUUAUAAUUGAAACUUGUUGACUUUAUUGUACUUGUUUGUGUGGAUUGUCUGCCAAAGUCAUGCAUAUCAGUUUAGGAUGAUUGUCUGUUAAUCUGCAUCUGUAUCUGCAGGUUCUCAUUUUGGUACAUCCAUGGACAAAAAUAACCUUCCCUUUUGCAUUCCAUGUUGUUUCAAGGGAAGACAAUGCAUGAUGCGAGUCACAUCCAAACAGUAUCAGUUCUGUUUGCAGCCAUCUAAUUUGUUUUCAAAUGUGUGACAACUGUUAUAAGCUAUGUAAGAAUAUGGUCAUGAUGAUUUGCAGAUGAGAACUCAGAAUUGUCACAGGUAUGAAAACAGAUCCUUUGUUCCUAUAUUAUAGAAUUAAGGUACACAAUCUUAUUAAUGUAAUUUAUUUGAUUGUAAAUAAUGCAAUCUU